UGAGCGGGUUCGAGCGUUCAACCUGAAAUGAUAACGUUAUUGUUUUGAUAUCACCGCGGACGAGAAAUUCUGGAGAAGUCAAGUGUCAAUAUGUUUGGAGUUUUAAGGAGGACAGGGGGAUUUUUCAAACCUUCGGGAAUUGAUCGGAAAUGUUUCGGUGGAUUUGUGUACAGUGGAGAGGUUAUUCAGGCUAGGAGAAAUGGCCUGCCAAUUGUUGCACUGGAGACAACAAUUGUCACACAUGGCAUGCCGUAUCCCGAUAAUUAUGCGACGGCUGUCACUGUUGAGAGUGUGAUAAGGAAAAAAGGAGCAGUUCCCGCAACAAUCGGCAUAAUUAACGGCCGAAUCCAUGUGGGUCUGACCGAAGAGCAGAUUAAAAAAUUGGCUGUUGAGGCUGGGGGUCCCCAAAGUGCCAUAAAAUGCUCGCAAAGGGAUAUCUGUGGUGUUGUGGCUGGAAGAGCGAACGGUGGAACCACUGUUGGAGGCACUGUGACAAUAGCCAAACUCGCUGGAAUUCCUGUGAUGGCAACUGGUGGUAUUGGAGGGGUACACCGGGGAGCUGAGGAAACAUUCGAUAUUAGCUCGGAUUUAGUUGUUCUGGGGAGGACUCCGGUGGCUGUGGUCUGCGCUGGGGUCAAAGCCAUUCUCGAUAUUCCCAAGACUCUGGAGUUUCUGGAGACAUUGGGGGUGCCAGUGGUAACAAUGGGAGAUACAGAGACAUUCCCAGCAUUCUACAGUCGCAGCACCUCGGAUUACCUGAAAUCCCCGGCGAGAGUAUCUGGAUGUCAGCAAGCCGCCGAGUGUAUAAAAGCUCAAAGGGAUUUGGGAUUAAAUUCGGGUCUAGUUUUUGCUGUUCCCAUACCACAAUCAGCUUCCCUCGACCCACUGGAGAUUGAGGGAUUCAUUCAAAUGGCCCUGAGGGAGUCUGAGGAGAAGAAAAUCAGGGGGAAAGCAGUCACUCCUUAUUUGUUGAAAAGAAUAACUGAGUUGACUGGGGGAAAGUCGUUGGCAGCGAAUAAAAUCCUCAUUCAGAAUAAUGCAGCAGUGGCAGCAGAAAUCUCCCUGCACUUGUCUAAAUUACUUAAUCAAAAUGAGGAAAAUUAUGCUAAUGAUGUUAAGAGAGUAAUUCCUGGUGUACCAGUAGUUAUUGGAGGAGCAGUGGAGGACACACUGCUGCAAUGUGAGGACACCCCCCUAAAAUUUGAUGGCAGAACACACAAGGGAAAGAGCCGGAAGAGCUAUGGGGGCGUGGGAAGGAAUAUCGCUGCUGCUCUCGUUGCACUUGGAGUGGAAGGGACCAAGUUCCUGUCGGUUGUCGGCGGUGAUGAGGCUGGCAGGACAAUCGUGAGGGAUCUCGUGGGGGCUGGGGGGACUGUGAGAAUGUUGUCGGGUGAAACUACUGCGAGGUACACCGCAGCGGUAGACGGAGCCGGCGAAUGUCGAUUUGCCGUAGGCGAAAUGGAUAUUUUUGAUUCAAUCGACGUAUCCCUCAUACACGAGAAUCGAUCGGCCCUCGAGCAAGCACAACUCAUCAUUCUCGAUGGUAAUCCACCAGUCGACACCAUUCGUGAGGUCAUCGACAUUGCUGUUAAUUGCCAGAUACCUGUGUGGUACGAACCAACAGACGUGAAAAAAGCCUGCAAAAUAUUCGACGCUCACUCUGAGUGGAAGAAGAUCCUCCACUUCGUCACUCCAAACGUCAAAGAACUCUUCGCAAUGGCUGAGUAUUUUUCGAUAAAGAAAAUGGAUCAUAUUUCUCCGGAUGGAGCCAGGGAAUUGAUCACUGAUGUCGCUGAAAAAUUAGCUGAGUACAUUCCGGUUGUUGUUGCAACAAUGGGGGCUGAAGGAGUUCUGAUUGUUCGAAGAGGAUCAAAAUCCGAUGUUUUCUACUCCAAAAACAACAACAAAUUAUUACUAUUGGAGAAUGGAGGAAUCCAGAGUAGACUCUACUCCCCAACGCCAAAAAUUAAGGAACACUCGAGGGAAAGUAAAUACAGUGUGAGUGGCUGUGGAGAUUGUUUAGCUGCUGGAAUAAUCUCCGGAAUUCUGCGAGGAUUCACCGAAGAAUCCUGCGUAUCUCUGGGGCUCAAAGCUGCUCGCCUAUCCCUAGAAUCCACUCAGACAGUCCCCACUUCCCUCAGAACCUUACACUGAGAGAAAAACGACAAAGUUC